CACUACAAAUCUCUAGCUAAGCACACAGGCAACAAGCAGCAUCGUCAUCAAUGGCGUCCCGUGCUGCCCCGUCGGCCCUCUUCCUCGUCCUCGCCGCCUUCGCCGCCGGCGCCAGCGCGGCCACCUUCAGCAUAACGAACAACUGCGGGUACACGGUGUGGCCGGCGGGCAUCCCGGUCGGCGGCGGCACGCAGCUGGACCCAAGCCAGACGUGGACCGUCGACGUGCCGGCAGGCACGAGCGGCAGGUUCUGGGGCCGCACCGGCUGCUCCUUCAGCGGCGGGAGCGGCCACUGCGACAGCGCCGACUGCGCCGGCGCGCUCUCCUGCUCCGUCUCCGGGCAGCCGCCGGCGACGCUGGCCGAGUUCACCAUCGGUGGCGCCCAGGACUUCUACGACAUCUCGCUGGUCGACGGCUUCAACCAGCCCAUGGACUUCUCGUGCAGCACCGGCGUGAACCUGCACUGCGGUGGCUCUGGCUGCCCCGACGCCUACCUCUUCCCGAAGGAUGACAACAAGACCCAUGCGUGCAGCGGGAACAGCAACUACCAGGUCACCUUCUGCGCAUGAUCAGGCAGCUCGUCGUCGAUCGAACCAUGCAUGCAUGAUACUCAAAUUAAUAUGGGUACUACUAAUAAUGGAGAAUAAAGUUGAUGAAUAAGGCGAUGUCGUGAAAGUCGUCCAUGCUUGCAUGCAUCAUUGUAACUGGAUUUAUAUGCAUGUACCCUUCAAACUACGGAUGAUACAAUUCCUUUUUCAUUAUCUAUGUUUUGAGACAAACAUGUAAUUUUUUAUGGUCUCGGUUAUUGUCUUCUUAGUGACGGCUAACCUGUCACAAA